CGCACCGGCAGUCCCACUCUCUGCUGACUCAGUGCCUUACCAGCAGUCCCUUCACCCCGAGAUACCGCAUCCAGCAACCGACGCACACUCCUCCGCUCCGGUCAACCCUCCGGCUCCACCACCGUACAGAAAUGGCUAAGACCGCAAUCGCUUACAAAGAGAAGAUGAAGGAGAUUUCAGUUCUGUCGCUCAUCUGCUCUUGUCUGUACCCGGAGACCCGCAAAAACAUCAUGGGGGACUUCGAAGACAUGGACAUCAAGCCCAUUAACAAGCGAGCCUCAGGCCAGGCCUUUGAGGUCAUCCUGAAGCCGCCCUCCCCUGUGACUGACGCUGCCCACUGCGUCACCACCCCCCCAAAGAGGGACCUUUCCCUGGACGACAUCCAGAAGAAACUGGAGGCAGCUGAGGACCGGAGGAGAUCCCAGGAGGCGCAGGUGCUCCGGGCCCUGGCUGAGAAGCGGGAACAUGAGCGUGACGUGCUCCUGAAGGCCAUGGAGGAGAACAGCAACUUCAGCCGCAUGGCCGAGGAGAAGCUCCAGGUGAAGAUGGAGCAAAUCGAGGAGAACCGGAUGGCUUACCUGGCUGCCAUGAAGGAGCGCCUGCAGGAGAGGGAGAGGCGUGCUCAGGAGGUGCGCAGGAACAAGGAGUUGAGAGAAGAAGUGACAGCGUGAGAAACCCCAACAGGUUCUACGUCCCACCUCCAAACCCCCUCACCACCCCCCAAACCCUGAGGAACACCCCUCUCCCCUCUCCCACAUGUCCCCACCUUCUCCACCCCUCCGCCAUACUCCCCCAUACUACUAUGAAACUACCACAGCCUGAGACGCCACCCCGAGACAGUGGGAGGAUCAAAUGGGGUUGGGGGGUGUAAAAAAAAAAAGCAAAAAUGAUUUAGGAAAAAAAGAAAAAUUAAUGUCUCCCACCCACUCUUCCCAAAAAAGAAUGUUUUUGCUCCGUUUCAAAUGAGGUGAAAAGAAAAAAGUCAAAUUGACAGUGGGUAUUGGUUUUUGUAAAUACUUCUUUUUUUGUUAUAUACAGUACGAUACAAGCAGCAAAAGUAUUGAUUGCAGUGUGCCAUUUUUUUCUAUAUAAGUUUCCUCUCCUUGCUUAAAUAUUGAUGUAAUAAUUUGUUCAUUUACAUGUUUUUCCUUUUUGUUCAUUUCAGCCUGAGACUCAUUUCAGGCGUAGGUGUUUGUUGUGAGUUUGCCAGCUAGCUGAUGUUUGCUGCGACUGGUUGCGUCCUCACAAGGCCCGCAUCCUGGCUCCGUUCCCUCAGCGCUCCGAGUGGGCACUUACUCAUUUGACCCUGCAGAUCUGGAAAACAAAAUUGGAUCUGUGUUUGGUCGGAGUGAUUUUCCAUCCAGUUUAUGCCAAUAUUCCAAUUAGAGAGGGACAUGAGCAGGAGAGUUGGCAGAAGGAAAGGGGACAGUUUGCUUUCUGUGAGGACUGCAAGCCGUCACUGCGCAUCCACUCCUGUGAGGUAGAUGGUGACUGUGCCACAGGAGAACACUAUAGCAUUUAAUGAGCCCAUCCUCAUCCUCCUUCCCUCCGUCUGCAACCUCUCCAUCUCUCCACAUAUCUUCAUACAUACUGUAGAAGCACUCACUCACACGCUCUCCACAUGGGCAGGCGUUUAGCCAAUCGUAGAGCAGAGCUCAAGAGGAGCUCGCUAAAUUCUGUCCAUCUGGCACCGGAAAGCUCACCAACCAUCCCUUAACCAAUGGGGGGGGGGGCCUCUUAUAUUCCUCAGAAACAAGCUUCAAAUCACACUUCAAUCACGCGUUACUGUACUAUACAACACAACAGAGGUUAAAGUGCAUCUGGAGUGCAAAAGAAACAAACUUCACCAGACUUGUUACUGUGAAUCUUAAACCUGGAGAAAAAAACAAAUACACUUCUCCACUUAAUAGAGGCUUGAGUAGUGCCCAACAUCAUCAGCACCUACUGGAAUCAUUGCACUUCACUCCAAGACACUGUCAACGCCACCGCGAGGUCGGCACAAGAAAGAUAUUUAAGCCAUAUCAAGGUAUCGCUGCAACAAUGAUUAAUGAACACAGUAUUGCCAUCUGUAAAGGUGUACAUGAGUGUAUUAAAGUAUCAGAAUGACGGUCACACAUAGGCCCAUAGAUGUGUGUGAGUGUGUGUGUAUUGCAGAAAGGGCGGGUAGAUAACAGAAUGUUUGUGCCGUGAGAUUUUGACCCGGUGAAGUAUAAACCAACACCAUUACAGUGUGUAACAACAAGUACAUCACAGACAGAGACGAUCCUACCUGCCUCUCUCUCUCUUUCUCUUUCUCUCUCUUUCUCUCCUCUGUCCAUUUGUGUGUUUCCCCCUCUCCACGUAUAUCUUUGUGAGCAAGCAGUGGUUAAUAAAGAUUUGGGGUUCAGUGAAUGAAA